CAGCUCCCCAUCGAGGUCGAUGUCUUCGCGGGCAGCAGGCGCAUCGGGACUGCAAGCAGCUUUCCAACCGGAAUGAUAGAUCGACGGAAACCCGUUGCGGCUCACAUCUAAGCUCGUUCGCUUGCGGCUUUCAAAGCCGUCUGGAGCACACGAUAGUCCGACAUCUGGGGUCUUUCAGCACCCGUAACCGAAAGGUGGAUGACAGUGCGCCAACUCACCCGAUUCGGGCCAUCAUGGGGCGAGAACACCGCCCUGAACGGCGGAAGAGAUGUCGCGACAUCGUUCAACAAAUCGAGGAUCCCCUCCGAUCGUUUCAAAAGGUCGUGGUAGUGGCUCGGUGUCAAUGACGUAUUCAGCACCCGGACCCGAUCCGUCUGCUCGGUCUUCCCAAGCGUGAACGAGUCGAACUUGCCCUCGAGUUCUUCGC